GUUCCAGCGCGUGUGCACAGCGCCUGCGCAACUUUAGUUUACCUUUGGUUACCAGGCAACCGAUGCGCGUGCAACUCCAGAUUAUUCUAGCUUCUCACAGAAAGACCUCUUUUAUUAGCGUCUAGUUAGUGGGGAAAUGUUUUGUAAUUAAUAGCGUCAAAUAAUCAAUCUUUAGCUUUUGCGUUAAGCUGGACAUGUCAGAUUCCUCCCUUUCUCCAGUAAUAAGCUCUGCCCUCUGGAGACUGGAAACAGAAGAGAGAUGAAACAGUCAAUACACACAACAACAAUGGAGAAAGAUGGUGAAUUAACGGAGGACGAUGUGUUUAAAUGCCUGUCCAUUCUGGGACCGUCAGCUACCGGACUCCAGCUCACUUACCUAUGCCUCUCUGUGCCAGGGCGAGACUUGAAAAAUGUUUCAAUUUUAUGCAAUUACAUCUAUCUACAAAAGCUAGAGCUUCCCUACAAUAAAAUCAAAGAUCUAUCCUGCGUGAGUCACAUGCCGCACCUCAUCAUACUGGAUGCUUCCCACAACCAGCUCACCGAUUUCUUUGGAUUCCAGCCGCCAAAAAAUCUCAAGGAGGUAAAUUUCUCACACAACCAGAUGUCCGUAAUGAAGGAUCUUUCGGCAUAUUCCUCUUUGACCAAACUGAUUCUUGACUAUAAUUCAUUUAGUGCCAUCAGGGGGCUGGAAAAGUGCAAAAGGCUCUCACACCUCAGCCUGGCCCAUAACAACAUCUCUCGCAUCAGGGGUCUGGACCAUCUGCCUCUCAGAAAGCUCUGCCUGAGGGGGAAUGUGAUACAGAAGAUUGAGAAUCUCCAGACUCUACACAACCUGCAGGUUCUAGAUUUGUCCUGCAACCGGAUUCAGAGCCUCUCGGGUCUCCAGAACCUCCAUCUCCUGGGAAACAUCAACCUUGAGAGCAAUCUGAUCAGUGAGGUAAAGGAGACCGCACAUUUGCAUGGCCUGAUAUUGUUAAGAGAAAUGAAUCUCCUCAGAAACCUAGUGCAGGACCAGGAAGACUAUAGACUAGCUGUGAUAUUCCUCCUUCAGCACCUCACAAUUCUGGAUCAACACAUUAUAACUGCAGAGGAGAAGGUGUCUGCUGUGAACAAGUACGACCCUCCUCUGGAGGUGAUCGCAGCCAGAGAUCACAUGACCCACUUGGUAUACCAGCUCAUGCAACCUCAGGUUAUUUUUGACAGUACUCUCCCCAGUCUGGAUGCUCCAUACCCCAUGCUGGUCCUCACUGGCCCGCAGGCCUGUGGGAAGAGGGAACUAGCCCAUAAGCUGUGCCAGGAGUUCAGCGACUAUUUCGCUUAUGGUGCCUGCCACACCACCAGGGGGCCAUAUUAUGGGGAAGAGGAUGGGUCUGACUAUCACUUUGUCACUGAGGAAGAAUUUCAGAACAUGAUUCAAAUGGGUCAGUUCAUCCAGACGAUGCAGUACGGUGGACACUGGUAUGGCCUGUCGCGGGAAACUAUCGAGCGUGUGGCUCGCGAAGGUCUUGCCUGCUGUGUGCAUAUGGAAUUAGAGGGAGUGUAUAGUUUGAAGAACUCUUAUUUUGAGCCCCGUUAUGUCUUGCUGAUCCCCACCGUCGUUGAUAAUUACAUCUGCUUUCUGAAAGCAAGAGGAUUCUACAGCAGUGCUCAGAUGGAAACAGCUGUGUCUCGUAUUGAUUUGUAUUCCAAGACCAACAGAGAAUUACCUGGCUUCUUUGACAACAUCAUCCCUUGUGAUGAUCGUGCUGAGGCCUACCAGACUUUAAAACAGCUGGUGAAGGAGUACCUGGGUCUUGAGGAGCAUGGAGGAGGAGAAGGUGACAGCAGCUCAGUCACACCUGACAACACCUCCACAUACGCAACUGGCGAGUUACUGGCAGCCAACACGACAGACGCAGCUGACCUCAUGGACUCCUACAGCCGAAACUACCAGAACAAAAUCCAGGCCCAGAUGACCCCUCAGCAGACCCCUGCAGAAAUGGCUUCCAAUAACAGGCGCCAGCAGCUGAUUCGAGAAGCUCUGAGCGGGAAGAGUCCUGGUGCUUACGCCGAGCUGUUUCAGAGAAGUGCACCCACAGCUCCAUCAUCAUUAGCCUCUCAGUCCCGGCCCCCGCACGGCCCCUCACGUCCUGUUGGCCUCAACGCUCCUGACCCCGAUGAGGACAGCAGUUCUGAGGAAUCUCGUGCUAGUUCUGGCCUGUCCAUGAGGAGCUCAGCAGGGGCGCUUUCAGCGGCCCAGGGAUCAGACGCUGGGUCAGGGCCCAACAUAGAGCCUUUGGAUAUGUUUAUGUUGGGGCAGGACCAGGACUCUCUUCGAGGACACAUGGACUCUGGUCUGACCCCUGAUGCUCCUCGGUCCGUCUCUGAGAGGGUCUCCCCAACACUCCCCUCCUCCCCGGGCCGUCCAGGUGCCAAUGUUAAACCAGUCCUGCCGCCCAUCCCAUCUGGAAGGAAGACCAAUGAUUCUGGCUCAAAACAGUAACUAACAGGACAGAGAGCUAAAGAGGGUAUAGACCAUGAGAUAUUAGCACAUCAUGUGAGUGUAAGCAGCAAAAAUUGGUUUUUGAAACAAGUUUAAUUAACCCCUGUAGCUUCAAGACAACCAUUCAAUAAAUGUCAAUGAAGGCAACAGAUGUGCUCAGUGCUGUGAGUCAAAAGCAGUCGGGUCAUUGGAAAAUAUUCCCAUCUCUCAUCUGUGUCCUCCAGUGUGAGUGAUCUGAGAGGUUGAAGGCUUAUCUGUCAUCAGCAGAUCUAAGCUCUGGAAACGGCCUGAAGCUCUUAAAUCCUUGGACACAGGAAGUAAGGCAAGAAGGUGUGCAAUGGAGGUCACACUUUACAUUACAACGUUCAUGUUACAGAAUAAUCACUUUGCUAUACCGUUCAAAAGUUUGGGGUCUAAAAAGUUAUUUAUUUAUAAA